CGCGAUGAUUCAUUCGCAUCGCGGCCAUGGACUUAGCAUCGGGUGCCGCGCGCCUCAUAAGCCUCGCAGGUCUCGCCGUCCAGUCUGCGUCCACUUUGUACACUUUCUGCCACAAGCUUCCGCGAGUUGCAGGUGAGGUCGAGGCUAUCAUCAGCGAGAUUCGAGCACUCAGUCAGACACUUGAAUCGAUUCAGCAAAUUACCUCUGAUCGAUCAGCACAGAAAUAUUCGGCGCGAACAUAUGAAUUAAUUGCGAAGUUGCAGGAGGGAGUCGCACGAUGCACCGCUGAUCUGGAGGCUUGGAAUACCGGCAUGGCUGCGCUGAAGGUGGAGGAUGGGAAAUGGGCCAAGAAUGCUGUUAAGAAAUUGAAGCUUGCUGCUGAUGCGGGGCGGUUUGCGGAGACGAGGUCGAAGAUAUCGUCUCAUCGAGACCAGCUAGUACUUAUGAUGGAGCUACUGACUGUGGAUCUCGAGUUGUCGACAGGCCUGGAUAUCAAGGGUAUAGAUUCCAAGAUCGACGAUUUCACAGCAAAGCAAUUGUCCUCUCAGCAAAUUACUUUUGGCCAUCUGGAGAAAAUCAAAGAAAGAGUUCAAACUGCUGCUGGUCUUCAAAGCACCAGCCUCGCCGAGACAGCGGAGAUCUCGAGGUCGACUAGCAAGAUCCAUGAGACGCUACACGAUAUCCAGAAAUCACAGGCAACUUCUCAUCAAACGACUUGCGUCCAAGCUGAGAGGCUGGAUGCUACUCUCGCAGCAAUCCAACGCUCACUCUUGGGCAUCUCUACCAAGAACCGACAAGUCUCCAAGACCCGUCGUAAAAUACUGAAACCACAACCUCGAAAGCAUGGUUUGCCAAAAUCCCCACACGAGGAGGUACCUUCUAUACCGGGAGUAUUUUCAGAACUCGUCCAGCAGACCGCGGAUCAUUCAAUCAUUCCGGCUCAAGUAAAUAAACUGGUUGACCUGGCGGUCACAGUGAGAUACCGAUGUGGGAAAGCCCAUUUCGAGCCUCUUGCGCUACCUGAUCCGGAAUUCGAGGCAGCUAGUUUUGAGACCAAGUUGCGCAUGGUCAAAUAUCUGCAAGGCCUGCGCCUUCUUCUUUGGCUUUUGUGUCGAAAAGAGUACUUUUGUGACAGGGUUUUUCAGCUGACCGGCCUUCCUCAAUCACAACUUAUACCGGAGGCCCGGCUGGUCUCAUCUUGGACCGUCUGGACGACUUUUGAAAUAGCUUCUUUUGGUCGUCAGGCAAAUAUCAGAUGCAGAGAUCGAGCCUGUCUAGAGUAUUUGCAAAGAAUGCUUGACAGUAAAUCUUCCGAACUCGGAAGCAAACUUCAAACCCAGAAUUCCCUUCAUACCUUGAUAGGUCUUCGUAUUUGGCAAAGCGAUCUUAGCUCUGAUCGUAUAUACGCUUUAAGUUUAAAGCAUGCUAGACGACAAGUAAAUAUCAAGGAACUAGUGCACAGAGUUUUUGUUAUGGAGACAGGCGUCCUUGAAGACCGCCUUCGUAGAUUGAAUAUUUAUUUGGACGCAAUCAGAGAAGAUUUGGCAAGGUGGCUUGCAAGCCAGAUAGAAGCAUUUUUUGAACAGUUGGAACGAACAGGUUAUUCUCCCCUCCCAUUCAACGAAGACUGUUAGAUAGUUCGAGACAUCUUUCCUAACCAAAUCCGAUUACACAUAUGCCUCUAUACAAAGAAAAUAUAUAAAUAAACUCUAUUUCAACGCGAACAAUAG